UCACUAUAUUGUAUUCUGGCAGGCGUUAUAUGAAGUUUGUAAUAAAAGUAGAUUGUUUCGUAGCGAAGUCAGCAUGCUGGUAUGACAGGUACACACAAUUUUACCAAAUCAGGUAGAACGGGAAUGUGCAGUAUACGGCCCGUGCAGGCCGUCAAUUAUUGAGUGUUUUUUUUUGUGCAUUUCAAUGUACAUUUAUGGUAUAAAUAAUUAUUUGCGCAUAAAAUCUACAGCCCUUGUUCUAUUCUGUCAAAAUUGCCCACAGAUUUCAACCUAAAAAUUUCUCGAUUUAUUGCAAGGACCACAUAAUGAGUAGAACUGUAGACCUUGCUCCAAUGGCUUGGGUGAGUCAGUCAAAGAGUGAUGUAGUUGGCUGACUCCCUCUAUUUGUAAAAAACGAAGCUUAAAAGUGAGAAAAGAAAGAAACGCAUCAUAAAAGCAAAUAAGCACACAGUUAGCAGUCACACAACCUACUCUUUCGAAACUGAAAAAUAAAAGAAAUACGGAAAAAUAAAAGAAAUCUGAUGUCUUAUUUUACUAUAAGUAAUAGUUAGAACUCAAAAAUUAUUUUCAGUUCUUCGUAGGGCAUUGUGUGCACUUGAGUUAAAUACAUUUUGUGAUUGAUUUGUUUAUCUAGUUGAGUCUCAUUUUGUGAUUAAUAUUAUUUAUCUUACUUUAUAUACUUUAUAAGCUUUGUUAAAUAUAUACAUUAUGAAAACAAAUUUACUUCAAAUGGAGCCAGAUUUGGUUUCGAACCUUGCAAGGCCCAAGGUUCGACGAAGUUGGUCCAUAGAAAAGUUGGUAUGGGCUUUCAAAUUGGGGCGUAGAUAGAUGAGUGUUGAAAGAUUGACGGGGCGGAUCAGAACAUAACAUGUAGUACUACUAGUAUUUCGCAAGAAAGCAAACGGAUCCUUUUUCAUUUCGUUACGUAAAGUGCGCGCGAACCUUUCCGCCCUUCUCUCUCUCUGCCUGUUUCAGGUGGAGAGAGAGAGAGAGAGUUAGAAGCACGAAGGAGUUAGCAUAUGCUCUGCCCUCCGCAAAUUCAUGGAGAUUUGAGACAAUUUGGACUCACAGCUCAUGAAUCACCAUUCCCAUCCACCGCUCUCAACACUGUCCCUUCCGGUGACGGUUAUUGAAUUUCAUAAAUUUUCCAAACAUGAGCAGACAGACGCUACUCCCCCCUAUAAGCCCGUUUCCACGUGUUUCUUCAUCCUAUGUUGAUUCUUCUGUGGUAGGAUCGCAAAGCAUUCCAAAGCCAACGGAGAAAUUGUCUUACCAACGUUGUUCUUCUGAGAGCUUUCUCUUAGAGGAGCAACCCUCUUGGCUUGAUGACCUUCUUAACGAGCCAGAGACACUGGUGCACAGAGGUCACCGACGUUCAUCAAGUGACUCUUUAGCAUAUGCAGGUACAUCAGCUAAGACAUGUAGCACAUGGGAGAGGCACAAAUUGAAAAAUAUUAUUGGAGGACCUUCCUGGGGCUCUCAGAAUUUUGUUCAUUAUAAAGAUUCUUGGAGUUCCAGCUCUGACACGAAGCCAAGGUCUUUUGAUAAGCAGAACCAUAGGGUUAAUGAAUCAUCUUUAAAAAAUGUAACCUGCUCAAGUGGCCUUUCGUCUACAAGGGAUGGCAUUUCUCUUCAAACCUCAGUAUCAUCCUGUGCUCUGCCAGAAUCAGAUGGGGUGCCAUCUACAGCCACUGAAAAGUGCGACCAAGAGGAACGAGGUUCACAGAACCAAGAGAGUUCUACUGAAAGAAUUAACUUAUUGCAAGCUAAGCCUUCUGUAUCCAAGAUAGAUGCAAAACGUGCUAAACAGCAAUCUGCACAACGGUCACGAAUCAGGAAACUUCAGUACAUAGCUGAACUGGAAAGGCAUGUCCACGUUUUACAGGCUGAAGGAUCUGAAGUUUCAGCUGAGCUUGAAUUUCUUGAUCAGCGCAAUCUUAUAUUAGGCAUGGAAAACAGAGCCUUGAGACAACGGUUAGACAGUUUAUCCCAGGAGCAACUUAUAAAAAACUUGGAGCAGGAUAUGUUAGAGAGAGAGAUUGGAAGACUUAAAAGUCUGUAUCAACUUCAGAUGAUGCAACAGCAGCAAAAGCAACAACAGCAACAGCAACACCACCACCAACAAAAGCAGCAUUCCAAACAUCAUCGAUCCAAAAGUAGAGACCUCGAGCCCCAAAUGGCUAACCUCUCCAUAGAACACAAGGAAGCCGAUUCUAGCAGUGGUUCAGUCAACAGCUCAGUCCACAUUUAAUCUCAUAUCAUUCUCCACAUCUACUAGGGAUUUUUUUUAUUCAUUCAUAUAAGCAUUUUUUUUCCCGCCCUUUAGUCUGGGGCUCAACAGGGCCUUAAUAAUUUUAGUGCAGUUUGCCCCUGCCUUGUGUAUUGGCUCUCUAGGAUGCCUGAGCACCUUUUGGUCAUUCAUUUGAAUAGCGAAUUGUAUUUAAUUAUUACUGAUGUUUCUAUAUAUGUACACAUUUCAUGUUUGCAUGUAUGAUUUCCAUUACUUGUCAAGAAUU